AUGACGGCAAAAAAUGUUGGUUUGAAUUCUACAAAUGCAGAACUAAGAGGAUUUAUAGAUCAGAAUCUCAGUCCAACCAAAGGUAACGUUUCAUUUGUUGCAUUUCCAGUUUCCAGCACCAGCUCACCAACAAAGAUUUUACCAAAAACCUUAGGACCAAUAAAUGUGAAUGUUGGACCCCAAAUGAUCAUAAGCACACCACAGAGACUAACCAGUUCAGGAAGUGUUCUGAUUGGGAGUCCAUACACCCCGGCACCAGCAAUGGUUACUCAGACACACAUAGCAGAAGCCACUGGCUGGGUCCCAGGUGAUAGAAAACGGGCUAGAGAAUUUAUAGACUCUGAUUUUUCAGAAAGCAAACGAAGCAAAAAAGGAGAUAAAAAUGGAAAAGGCUUGAGACACUUUUCAAUGAAAGUGUGUGAGAAAGUUCAGCGGAAAGGUACAACGUCAUAUAAUGAAGUAGCUGAUGAGCUGGUGUCCGAGUUCACCAAUUCAAAUAACCAUUUGGCAGCUGACUCGCAGGCUUAUGAUCAGAAGAACAUUAGGCGAAGAGUUUAUGAUGCUUUAAAUGUGUUGAUGGCAAUGAACAUAAUUUCAAAGGAAAAAAAAGAAAUCAAAUGGAUUGGUCUGCCUACCAAUUCUGCUCAGGAAUGUCAAAACCUGGAGGUAAAGAAGCAGAGGCGGAUAGAACGGAUAAAGCAGAAGCGGGCCCAGCUUCAAGAACUUCUCCUGCAGCAAAUCGCUUUCAAAAACCUGGUACAAAGAAAUCGGCAAAAUGAACAGCAGAACCAGGGCCCUCCAGCUCUAAACUCCACCAUUCAGUUACCAUUUAUAAUCAUCAACACAAGCAGAAAAACAGUCAUAGACUGCAGCAUCUCCAGUGACAAGUUUGAAUAUCUUUUUAAUUUUGACAACACCUUUGAGAUUCAUGAUGACAUAGAAGUGCUGAAGCGAAUGGGGAUGUCCUUUGGCCUGGAGUCAGGCAAAUGCUCCCUGGAGGAUCUGAAACUUGCUAAAUCACUGGUGCCAAAGGCUUUGGAAGGCUAUAUCACAGACAUCUCCACAGGACCGUCUUGGUUAAAUCAGGGACUGCUUUUGAACUCUACCCAAUCCGUUUCAAAUUUAGACCUGACCACCGGUGCCACCUUGUCCCAAUCAAGUGUAAACCAAGGGUUGUGCCUGGAUGCUGAAGUGGCCUUAGCAACGGGGCAGCUCCUUGCCCCAAACAGUCACCAGUCCAGCAGUGCGGCCUCUCACUGCUCUGAGUCCCGAGGCGAAACGCCCUGUUCAUUCAACGAUGAAGACGAGGAAGAGGACGAGGAGGACUCAUCCUCCCCAGAAUAA